AUGCAGGUGUCUUUCGCCUGCACUGAGCACAACCUCAAGAGUCGCAGUGAGGACCGACUUUGUGGCCUUCGCACCGCUCCGCCUCCGGGAGGAAGCAGUGGAGGAGUAGGGGGAGGCGGUGGAGGAGGAGGCGGAGGCGGCGGUGGUAGUGGAGGAGGAGGUGGCGGAGGAGGAGGAGGUAGUGGACAAGGGAGUAACGGCAACUACAUCUCCCAAGGCUCGGUCAAGACCAGGGAGGGGUCCGGGUCCCGUCAGGCCCCGCAGGGCCAUGCCCACAUGAAGGAGGCCAUCGGGCGCCACACCAGUAUGAAGUACAGGAACCUGGGGAAGUCAGGCCUCCGUGUUUCCUGCCUCGGGUUAGGCACCUGGGUGACAUUUGGAUCACAGAUCUCUGAUGAGAUGGCUGAGAACCUGAUGGCCAUAGCUUAUGAGAACGGCGUGAACCUAUUUGACACGGCGGAGGUGUACGCCUCUGGAAGAGCGGAAAUCACUUUAGGAAACAUCAUCAAGAAGAAAGGAUGGAGGCGCUCAAGUUUUGUCAUCACAACAAAGAUCUACUGGGGAGGCCAAGCAGAGACAGAGCGGGGGCUCUCCAGAAAGCACAUUAUUGAAGGUUUAAGAGGAUCCUUAUCAAGACUGCAGCUAGAUUAUGUGGAUAUCGUGUUCGCCAACAGAAACGAUGUCAACAGUCCAAUGGAAGAGAUUGUACGGGCCAUGACGUUUGUAAUAAACCAGGGUAUGGCCAUGUACUGGGGAACCUCACGCUGGAGUGCCAUGGAAAUCAUGGAGGCGUACUCGGUGGCACGCCAGUUCAACCUGAUACCACCUGUGUGCGAGCAGGCAGAGUAUCACUAUUUCCAGAGGGAUAAAGUCGAGGUGCAGCUUCCUGAGCUCUACCACAAGAUCGGUGUUGGAGCAAUGACCUGGUCUCCACUUGCUUGUGGAUUAAUCACAGGGAAGUACAGCGAUGGUGUACCAGAGUGUUCCAGAGCAGCAAUGAAGGGGUACCAGUGGCUGAAGGAGCGAGUGAACAGCGAGGAGGGCCGCAGGCAGCUCGCUAAAAUCAAGGAGCUCCAUCUACUGGCAGACAGACUGGGCUGCACCGCUGCACAGUUAGCCAUCGCCUGGUGUCUGCGCAGUGAGGGAGUCAGCUCAGUGCUUCUUGGUGUUUCUACUACAGACCAGCUGCUUGAGAACCUGGGUGCCCUCCGGAUUUUGUCCCAAAUGACCCCUCAAACCAUUACUGAGAUUGAUGCCCUGCUGGGAAAUAAGCCACACUCAAAGAAAGAGUUGCGCGCUUGAAGAUGCAAAUCUGAGUGACAGAUGAUGUUUCAAGAAGACGAGGAAGACAAUGACAUUGGGAAACAUCGCUUUUUGCUCUGCUGUAUACUCAACAACUUGCAUGUCCUCAGCAACAUUAUGCUUCCAGUAUGUGCGCAUAUCCAUUUUGCGCAGUACAUUGUAUCAUGUAUGAAAAAAAAGAAGAUCUCUCAAAUGUGAAAAAAACAAAACAAAAAAAAACAGGUCAUAUAUUGCUCACUGCAGAUUGUUCACAGAGUAGUUAUUUCUACUGAAGGGGAAGGUAAAGCUGGUUGGAGCGACAGGUCUCCGCCCACCACAGAGACCA